AUUCGCGUGAUGACAGCCAAUCGGCGUUCAACAGCCUGGCCACUGAGUUACAUGUGUAACGUAACAGCCAAUCAACGUUCAACCGGCCAACUCAGUGCAGUGCUGUCCGGGGUGAACUGCAGCAUGGAGGAGAAAGUGAUUGUUGCCGUUUGUCGUUUGGGCUUCUCGGGGUUUGUUUACCGGCGUAUGAAUAGACUGCUUCAGGUUCUCCGACGUCUCUCCCUCUUCCACAAAAGUCAGAAGGCUCCGCUCCAGGACUGGGCUCCGUGCCUCUUUUUCCCGCGCGCCUUGAAGCCGAGCGGUGUUCGGUGCGUCUAGCAGCAGAUCCUCCGCAGAGCGGACGAACCGGGUCCACUGCCAGGUACCUGAGAGCCCCCCGCGGACCCAGCGAACCGACCCUCGUCCGGCACACACCAUGAUCCGUCACCGCGUCUCGGCAGCCGUGCGGGUGAAACACUGAGGAUUACUGGGACGAGCAGGAGACGACUGGACUGGUGUUCAUCAGACAAGCCGCGCUGUCGGACGCCCACGCCAGCAUGAUGACCACUAAGGGCCUGUCGGGCAGUCGUAGCCACCACCACGCCAUGACCUGUGACCCCUCCUACGACCCCAUGUCCCUUGAGGGGGCUUCGGCACACCGGCCAUACUUCCUGGGCGGGGAGCGGGACAGCCACCCGGCGGACCACCCCUACUACGCCCAGCGUGGCGCCGCCCCCGACCUGGCCAGCUGCACCUUCCCGCGGCGCUACGCCUCCCACCAGCAGCUGGUCCCGUACACAGGCCCCCCCGCCGCGCCCGCCCAAGGGGGCGGGGCUAAGUCCGGGGGCAUGUCCAAGUCCUGGGGGAACAACAACAACCACAGCCUCAUGCUGGAGGAGCAGUUUGACGGACAGGCGGCGACGCUACGGCGGCACGAGGGCUACCACACGCUGCAGUACCGGCGCUGCGCCGCAGGGGGGGGCGGGGCCGGCGGGGAGCACCCGCGCAGCGACUCCCCCGGGCGCAUCCGGCACCUGGUGCACUCGGUGCAGAAGCUGUUCGCCAAGUCCCACUCCCUGGAGGGGCCGGGGGGAGGGGCCGGCGGCAAGGGCGGCCCGGACGACCCCGGCUUCCUCCCGCCGUCCUCCUCCUCCUCCUCCUUCUCCGGCACCCUGAAGCAACACGGCCGCCGCAGCAAGAGCAAGGACCGCUCCCGCUCGGAGCCCAAGAUGCGCUCGGCCACGUCGGGCUACUGGAGCUCCGACGACACGCUGGACCGCGAGCUGUGCCUCUACCACCCCCCCCUUCCUCCCCCGGCGGGGGGCGGGGGCGGCGGCGGGGGUAGGCCCCACCCCUCGGGCGUCAUGACGAUGGGGCGCCACCCCGAGAGGUCUCAGUCCCAGCAGUUCUUCAUGGAGUCCUACAACACCAUCAGCGCCACCCACCACACGCUCAAGAUGUCCCGCAGCAACAACAAUGUCAAGUGCACCUCCUGCGCCGUGGGGGGCGGCGGGGGAGGAGGGGGGGGAGUGGUGGGGCUGGGGGGAGGAGGAGGAGGGGGAGGGGGAGGGGGAGGGGGGGCUGCCGACGGAGCCCUCCAGCAGAGGAAGAGCUCGUGGUCGUCCAGCCUGACGGUGAGCAGGGCCAAAGAGGUGUACCAGAACGUGGACCUCGACAACGCCCUGGUCCCGGCUCAGCAGGGCCGCACGUGUCACUUCCUGCAGGUCCCCCAGCAGGAGGACUGGAGCCCCUUCUCUCCUCUGGGCAAGGAGGAGGAGAUCCCGUGUCGCCGGAUGAGGAGCGGGAGCUACGUGCGGGCCAUGGGGGAGGAGGACAGCGGCGACUCAGAGGGCAGCCCCAAGGCCCUGCCCAAGGUCCAGGCCCGCCGCGCCAGCUACCUGAAGGCCACCCAGCCCUCGCUCACAGAGAUGGCCACGCUGCAGAUCUCGUCAGAACAUUCCCCCAAGCUCCAGAUCCGUAGCCAUAGUUACCUACGGGCGGUCAGCGAGGUGUCAAUCAACCGCAGCGUGGACGCCGUGGUCCCCGCCCACCUCCUCGCCUCGUCACCAAAGUUCCGUUCGCGUAACGAGAGCUACAUGAGAGCCAUGAGCACCAUCAGCCAGGUGAGUGAGGUGGAGGUGAACGGCCAGAUGGAGGCUGUGUGUGAGUCGGUGUUCAGUGAGUUGGAGUCGCAGGCCAUGCGGUCCCUGGAGCUGCCCGGGCAGGGCUGCUUCCGCAUGCGCAGCCACAGCUACGUCCGAGCCAUCGAGAAGGGGUGCACGCAGGAGGAGGAGGAGAGGUCGCGACGACAACGUUACCGGAGGAUGACGCGCUCCAACAGCGUCACCGCGGCCGUGCAGGCGGACAUGGACGAGCCGGCCCCUCCCCCUUCCAUGCCCACCCCCCGCUGCUCCACCAUGCCGCGGGGCUGGUCCCGCGACGCCACCUCCACCACCUCCUCCACCUCCACGGUCAGCAUCCAGGGCUCGGGGAACCACUACCACGCCUGCAGCGGAGAUGACUACAGCGACCCGGGCUUCGACCCCUCAAUCCUGCCGCCUCCCGACCCCUGGAUGGACGCCGGAUCAGGGGGGGAGGAGCUUGAGCUGGGGGGCGAGGGGAGGUCUCUGUGUCCACGGGACGGGCUCUGGUUCUUGAAGCUGCUCCGGGCGGAGACGGAGCGCAUGGAAGGGUGGUGUCACCAGAUGGAGAGUGAGGAGGUGGACCACCAGCUCCCUGAGGAGAUCCAGGGGAAGAUCCGCAGUGCUGUGGGCUCGGCUCAGCUCCUCAUGAACCAAAAGUUCCAGCAGUUCAGAGAACUCUGUGAGGAGAACCUGAACCCAGACACACGGCCGCGGCCGGUCUCCCAGGACCUGGCCGGGUUCUGGGAUAUGCUGCAGCUGUCCAUCGAGAACAUCAGCCUCAAGUUUGACGAGCUGCACCAGCUGAAGGCCAACCACUGGAAACCCCUGGAGCCUCCUCCCAUUAAGGAGAGGAAGAUGGCCCCUGUCGUGCCAAAGAAGCCCCAGAAGGGGCACCCUCCCCUGGCUAGAGACCGCUCGCUGGAGAGCUCUGAGCGCCAGCGGCUGGAGGCCCGCAAACGCCUGCUAGCCGCUAAGCGCGCCGCGUCUGUCCGCCAGAGCUCCGCCACGGAGAGCGCCGACAGCAUCGAGAUCUACAUCCCCGAGGCCCAGACCCGGCUAUGAGACGAUUACACACACAACAGCAUAGACACGCAUACACACACAUCAUCCGCAUACAGGCACAUACACACUCGCAUCAUCGACAUGCAGAUACACACAUGUAGAUAGAUACACACACACACAUACACUGGAUACACACAUACACAUAAAAGAAUACUGAACACACAGACUCACCAGUGCAGGUGUGUCUCCUAUAGCAAUACUUGGCAGGUGCUUUGAGCAAAGCGCAGGGGGUACCUCGGUUCCCAGGGUGGUGGUUGCGGCUACAGAACCAGGCCGCAACCAGAUCUGUAUUUGUUAUGGUUUAUUUAUUUGGAUUUAUUUAUGUAUUUAAUCUCCUCUACUCCACCCAGUUGGGAUGUAGCACCCCCCCUCCCUCUCCCCCCACCAGACGCUACUAGUGACUUCUGUAUUCCUACGACCCUGUGACCCCAUCAGGUGACCCGCUAUUACAGAGCUAGCUGCUGGCCUCCAGCUAACAACACUAGCCUCAGAUAAACCCUGCUAGUACUGCGAGCAUUGCUAGACUUUGCUAGCCCCCUGCUAGUAGCACUAGCAACACUAGCCUCAAUUUACCCCUGCUAGUACUGCUAGCACAGCUUGCCUUUGCUAGGCCUCAUUAGUACCGUUAGCACCCUAGCCUCAGUUUGCCCCUGCUAGUAGCACUAGCACCGGUAGUCUGCUAGCACCGCAUGAUGCUCUGUAAAUACUGUGUUUAUUGUGCCGUUAAAUACAGCACAGCAGAGAAAGGUGUGUAUGUGUCUGUGUGUGUGUGUGUGUGUG